AUGGUUGACAUUUCUCUUAACUGUCUUCACGUUCAAGGUGAAGAAAAUUAUGAAUUUACUAUUAUUACCAACACAGAAAAUUCUGUCGAAAAAUUUAAAAAGAAUAUUAAAGAGAAAAUUAAAGGGGCAGGGGAGGAUAUUUUCAACGAUAUUGAGGCCGAUCAGUUAACGCUUUGGCAAGUAUGUGUUGACUAUAGUGAUGAAAAAGAAUUUUCGAGCUUUACCUCAGAUAGCAAAAAUUUAAAAAAGCUCGAAGGAAUUAUUGGUGAUUACUGGACGGAGCAACCUCCUAAAGAGUUUAUUCAUGUCAUUGUCUACGUUCCAUAUUUAACCAUUUUACGAAUGCUGGAUAGUCUAACGAUAUUGAGUCAAGCUGUAGCUUUUAAAGAUUACACAAACAUAUCUCUACAACAGCUUUAUGACGAACAAUAUAUCAAACAAGGAAAUAUAUUGUUUUACAAUAGAACCUACAAAGAUGUAGAAUUUACACACAAAUGCAAGAUUAAAGAUAUUUACAAUAUUAGGAAACUCUCGGUCAUUUUUACUUUUGCCAACAAUAAGGAAAUGUUAAUGUCAUUUGAUAGUUUAACUGAGCUCGAACUGUAUAUUCUCAAAUCGAAUGAUCGUUUUAAAAACAUCAAACGGGCUUCUGGAAGUGCCUAUUAUUGGUUUUUCAUCAUAGAUAAGGAUGUGAAUAAAGGAAGCAUUACUGAAUUAAGAAAACAAUAUGUUAAAAACAAAAUAAAUCCGACAGAAAAAAAAGAAAAAGAGGAAGCGGAAAACAAAAAAAAGAUAAAUAUGGAUCCGGAGAAGCUUGGUGAACGUGAUAUUCUCCCAGUCAGAGACUCUAUUCGAUUUAAAUUGCUUAAUAAGGCUAAAAAUGAGUUUCUGAAGAGAUAUGAUAAGAAAAUUCCAUUUUCUUGUGUAAUUGAAGGAUUAGUAGAUGAUAAGGAAGUUCUUGUUGCCUUCGUGGAUCAAUCAGAAGGGACACCUGUCCACUUACCAGCUGAAUUUGAGAGCUUUCCUGUGUUGAUUUCCUAUGAAGCUCUUGAAUUAUACCAUCGUUCAUAUCACAAAGACCUUAUACCUGGCAUAAGUAUCGGUAAACAAGAUGAACCAUUAAAUGCAAUUACACUUGGUCCUUUAUUUCAAAAUACUGCAGUAUCCAAUAAAACAUUUAUAUUAACUGCAAAGCAUGGCGUGGGAAAGGAGGAUGAAAAAGUGGUUCAACCGGGAACACUCGAUGAGCGUAUAGCUAAGGUCACAAGGUACAAUUUUAUUGGAGCUGAUUCGGCUUGUCAUUAUCUUGAUUAUGCUUUUUGUGAAACUGUGAAGGAUCGAGAAAUUCCAAAAUUACCAAACGUGCCAUUUAAACAACAUAUCCAAAUUCGUAGUAUCAAGACCUCUGUAAAUAAUAAUGAUGAUUUUAAAGGUAAAAAAAAACCUAAAGAAAGAAGUCAAAGGUUUGCAUUGCAAGUUUUUGGUAUUAAUCGACAAACAUUUUCCGAAAGUGGGGACUCCGGUUCACCAGUAUUUGAUAAUGAUGGUAAAUUAUGGGGGAUCGUUAUUGCGGGAAUUAGUAGGGUAUCUUAUGUAAUCCCUAUUCAUUUGAUUUUGGAUAAUGUUAAAGAAAAAUUUAAUGUGAUAUUCACUUUAAAAAAAGAACUGAAGGAAAAAGAACCGGAGGAAAAAGAACUGGAGGAAUCUUGA